UACUUCAGUGUCAGUUUGGCGAUAGCAUUGAAUCGGGUAACAGUAUUAUUCGUACUGAGAAAUUAUUUGGCAUUUAACUGCAAAUUUCAAAAGCAAAUACCUACGCUCUCUACAAACUUGAAAUAAUUUGAAAAAUUUUAAUAAUUGAUAUUUGUGAACGAUUAUAUAUAUACGCAUAUAUAUCAAUAGAUAUCUGAGAAGACUCGUUGCAUUUGUAGUGGUCAAAUAUUUUGUAUAAAAAUUGCGUAAACUUAUAUGAUAUAUUUAAUAUGUUACAUCUGAAAUCAAAUAACUAAAAGUGUAUAAAUCUGUGAAUAAUAAACGCAUUCGAUCAAAUCGAAGUUGUUGCAAUUAAAUUUGCAAAAGUCGUGUGCAAAUUGGUAAUUGCAUGAGUUUAUAUGCAUUCUGAAACUUAGUGAAUAUAUUGUCUAUAUUGUAAUGACGAUGUUGAUGGUGCAUUGAAUACAGAAAUUAUGCUAUAGUAUGGAAAAUCUGAAUUUGGAAUAUUCUCAAUGUAUUAAAUAUAAAAAGUGCAAAUAAUUUGAAAGUCUAUUAGGAAAGACUACUUAAAGCAUUGUUAACUGUAAAGAGUUAGAGUUUGAUUUUUUAUAUAUAUAAAAAUACCUAAAUAAAACAACGCCACGUAAACGUAAAGCUUAAUUACAAAAAUGGAUUUAUCAGCAGUGCUAUUCGUAUGUUUAAUAGCAUUAUGCGCAUCAACGGGAAGUAAACCUAAGCCGGGACGAGGAAGGGGAUCCAUGUGGUGGGGCAUAGCUAAAGUGGGGGAACCAAAUAAUAUAUCACCACUUAGUUCAGGUAUUAUGUAUUUGGAUCCUGCGAUUCAUACAACAUUAAGACGUAAACAACGACGCUUAGUUCGAGAUAACCCUGGCGUUUUGGGUGCACUAGUGAAAGGCGCCAAUCUUGCAAUAAAUGAAUGUCAGCAUCAGUUUCGCAAUCGACGUUGGAACUGUUCAACAAGAAACUUUUUGCGCGGUAAAAACUUGUUCGGGAAAAUUGUCGAUAGAGGCUGUCGUGAGACUGGCUUUAUUUAUGCCAUCACCAGUGCCGCUGUCACACAUUCGAUUGCGCGCGCCUGCAGCGAGGGCUCCAUUGAAUCGUGCACCUGUGAUUAUAGCCAUCAGUCGCGAUCGCCGCAAACGAGCCUCCAAACUGGCAGCGUAGCGGGUGUUCGCGACUGGGAAUGGGGGGGAUGCUCGGACAAUAUCGGAUUUGGUUUUAAAUUCUCACGUGAUUUUGUAGACACUGGUGAACGCGGCCGUAAUUUGAGAGAAAAAAUGAACUUGCAUAAUAAUGAAGCUGGCCGGACUCAUGUACAAGCGGAAAUGCGUCAGGAAUGUAAAUGUCACGGUAUGUCUGGCUCCUGUACGGUGAAGACUUGCUGGAUGCGGCUAGCUAAUUUUCGUGUAAUUGGCGAUAAUCUUAAGGAUCGUUUUGAUGGUGCGUCACGCGUAAUGAUCAGUAAUAGCUUAAAGCAAAAUGGGAAUUCCGUGCAAAGUAAUUCAGCAAAUUCAAAUGCCGCUGGAAUGUCCAGUGCGGCUAUAAGUCCGAAUGCGGCAAGCCCGAAUGCUUUCAGCGCAGAUCGAAUGUUGAAUGAUCGCAUACCAGAGCAAUCAAUAAAAACACAUCCAAAUAAACCACCUUUAAAUACACUUAAUAGCCUUAAUAGUUUAUCACGAAAUUCUGUGCGAAGUCGUGGACGUCAAGGGAAAAAAAAUAAUAGAUACAAUUUUCAGUUGAAACCGCAGAAUCCAGAACAUAAGCCACCUGGCCCUAAAGAUAUUGUUUACCUGGAACAGUCACCAAGUUUCUGCGAGAAAAAUUUGCGAUUAGGCAUUCAAGGAACGCAUGGGCGUCAAUGCAAUGAUACAUCAAUCGGCGUUGAUGGCUGUGACUUGAUGUGUUGCGGUCGCGGAUAUCGUACACAAGUCAUCGACGUCAUCGAACGUUGCGCAUGCACAUUUCACUGGUGCUGUGAAGUCAAGUGUAAAACAUGUCGAAUUAAAAAAACAAUACAUACGUGCUUAUAAGUAGUGAUGAGUAUUUUUCAAAUCUCCGCCCGAUACCCCCUCAAGGCUUCUAGUACUAAACAUUUUCAAAAGGAAAAUAUACAUACAUAUAUAAGCUUUAAAAAAUAAAUGAAACGAUUUUGGAGUCUGCCACAAAUCAUUUCCAACAAAUUCUCUCUACAACAACAACAUGUAGAGUUGAUUUUUGUGCGACUGGGUUAUCAAUUGCGCAUAUAAUAAUAUGUAUAGAGCAAAAAGAUCCAGCCAAAAGGGCAUUAAAGGUGGAGUUUGAAGAUUUGCGGCGCAUUUGUCGUUUGUUAUACCAUGUUUAUUAAUUUAUUUAUUUUUUUUUAACUUUGGAUUACAAUCAGGAGGUUGUUCGUUAUAUAAAAAGGACGUUACAUUAAGUAAGCUGUCAAUUAAUUCGAAUGAAUAUAAUUAAAUCAGUAUUUUUAAAGUUAAUACGAGUAUAUACAUACCUUUGUAAAUAUAAAUAAUUAUACCCUAUGGGCAACCAAUUGGAUGCACGAUAAUGAUAUGUAUAUCAUAUAUAUAUGUAGAUCAACUAAAUUUUCACGGAGUACAGUGUAAACAUACUUUAAGUUUAGAAUAUGCUAUAAGUAAACUUUUCUGUAAGUUGGCUUUAAAAACCCACCCAUUGAAGCGAAUUGAACGCUUUUCAUUUACAGUAUUAAAUCAAUUGAAUUCCUAAUCAUUAGGUAGAAUAGUAAUAUAUAUAUAUAUAUAUACAUAUAUUAUUUUUUAGAAAAAUCCACAAGCAUUUUCCAGUUUAAUAAUAAGUGGCGAAAUACAUUAAUAAAUAAUAAACGAAUGUUUAUGUGAAUAUUGCCUUGCACAAAAAAUGAAUAUCAUAUCGAAGACUGAGAUUUUAUACCUACAUAUAACUUAUAUAAAUAUGAUUUUUUGCUCUUUAAUUGCAAAUUAUUUUCAUAUAUGUUCUCACAUAUAUUGGACUAUACGGAUCCAUGCAAAUAUAUAUAAAAAUGUGUGUACCCCCAUACAUACAUAUAUCUAAGCUGCAAUUUUUUUUUUAAGUAGAUUUUAUGAAACUUUGAUAUAAUUUGUACCAGUUAUUGAUUAUAAGAUAAUUUUUAACCGAUGAUGAUUUGAGAGUUAAUUGAUUUGUUGUUUAAUAAAUAGAACAAAUUAUAAUGUUCAAACAACAUGGUGAAUUCUUAACCAACCAUCAUUAUAUAAUUUCUAGCAAUAAGAGAAAUCUAACGUGAAAUAAGAAUAAUACAUAAUAGAUUCUGGAGUAUUCUAUUAAAAAAAGACAAAUGAAAGGUUAUUAAUACGUUACACUGUUUAAUGAAAAAGCAUCAUAUGAACCGAACCCCGAUUUGUAUUAUGGAUUUAAAAAGCGAUAAAUUUUAAGAAAAAUGGUCUUCAAGGUAACAGAUUUUAUAUUCCCGAAGCAGAUAGUAUUGAACUUUGAACAUUUAUUAAAAUUUAAUAGGUCCGUUUUAUUGACAUUAAUAUUUUCAAUUAAUAUUUUAAAUAUUUCGUUCAUUCGAUUUAUUCGCUUUUAAAAUAUAGAAAAUAUUAGUAUACUGUAUACCUACGGAAGAGAAAUUCAUCAACAAAUUAUUUUAGAUAACACAUUGUUGACAAACAACAAAUGUAAUUAAAUCUCAAUCAUCAUCAACCUUAUUUUUAACAUUUGCGAACUCUUCUCAGUAUGUAUGUUGUUUAUUAAAGAGUUUGUUAUAUAAUAGAAGUAUAUAAUUUGAGAUGUAAAUAUAUUUAUCUAUAUGACAUUGAAGUAAGUAAGUACUUUCGGAGAGUUUUAAAUAAUUAUUCUAAUUGUAAUUUGUAUUGCACAAAAUCUGUUUAAAUACGUUUUUACUGUAAUUUAUUGAAUAUUUCUUAGUUAAGCCAAACAAAUAUAAUAUUUAACAUUUUAAGGCAAUCAACUUUUUUCUAAAAGGGUAUACAUCAUUUGUUAUACAUAAAAAUGUAUAAUAACUAUUUAUAUGCAGGUUUAUUAGUUAAAAAUUGUUAAGUUAAGGAAAUAGAAAAAUAAAAUCAACGAAUGAAGAAUAAGU